GAUGAUCGUGUGCUGCGAUGUGUAUUUCCUUAACCAUGUCGAAGUCGGAGCUAGAAGUUCGAUCUGUACCGGAACAAUUGGAGAGCAAAACGUGCUCCCGUGUAAGCGUCUAUCACAAUCUGGUGACUCUUCAAGAUGUCCAAAACAUGGUAAAACAUUCGCUAAGUAACGAAGCAAAAGUGCACAAGUUUUCAUUGCAACCGUUCUCGGAUGGAAAGCUAGGAUUUCAAGGAUCUCACCAACGGCUCCUCGUGGAAAUUGAAACCAAAAAUGGAAAAGAAACGUUGUCGUUCUUCGUCAAAUUUAUACCGUACAGCGUACCGUUUCACGCCGAGUAUGUGAUCGACAAAUGUGUCUUUCCCAAGGAAAGAGCAUUCUAUCGUGACAUACUUCCCAAACUUUACCGUGAAUACAAAGUCGAGCCGUGGGCUGCAACGUGUCAUUUGGUCAAGGAACAUUUGCUGGUUUUCGAAGAUUUAAGCGCUAAGGGUUACAGGACGAGGAACAAAUUGUUCACUAAGGAACUAAUCGUCUCUGGUCUAACGAGUAUCGCGCGACUACACGCGUCUUCUCUUGCGGCGGAAGCGCGUCUUGGAAAGACUUUCAAGGAAAUGUAUCCCGAUGCUUUCGCGGAGACUUGUUUCCCGCGAACUGGGAAGCUUCGAACGUGGUUCGAAGUUGGUAUCAAUGCUAAUGUUGCUGUUGCAGAGUACCUCGGUCUCGACGGUACCUUAAUACCAAAGGUCUGCGAAGAAAUAUAUCCAGCCAUCGAAACGUCAUCUACGAAAAAGAACGUGGUCAGUCACGGAGACUUAUGGGGAAACAAUCUCAUGUUCAAUGACGAUGUACCUCCAAAAUGUUUGCUGGUUGACUUUCAGUUGGUGAGGUACUCGCCCUUGGCGAACGACGUGGCACAAUUCUUGUAUCUUUGCGCCGAUCGAAGUUUCAGAGAAACCUCGGAGGAGGCAAUGUUAAAGCAUUAUUACAGUGUUCUGCGCGAAACUUUGUAUUCAAUGAGAUCAACCUCCGUAGAGGUUCCGCCCUGGUCGGAGUUAGUACAGGGAAUGGAAGAACAGCGUUUAGGUGCUGUGAUCACUGCAGCUAUAUAUUACCAGACUGUGUUGCUGGAUGAGAACUUGGGUGAUCAGAUUAUGAACGAGUUUGAUACCUUCAACGAAUAUAUCUUUAAAAACAGAAACGAUAUAGUAAUCGAUGCCAUGAAAAAUGACCCUGUCUUCAAGAAGAGAAUGACAGAGACUAUUAACGAACUGGUCGAGUAUAGUUUUCGAUUUGAAGAUUUGCCAAAGCCAACGUAA